CUGCCACCAGAGGAUGAUGCUAGUUGCUGCAAGCUGCCAGUCAAACACGUGCCUAGGGAAUGCUCCCCCGCAAAAGCAGCAGCCAGGCCGCAUAAAGUGCACAGAUCGCACACGCGGUGUCAUGCGCACCACAAAAAGCGACCCGUGGAGCAGUGGCCCGAAAUCCGGCUUGAUCUACCACCGGAUUCCACAGAAAGGCCGAUGCCCGCGGCAGCCAAGGCACCAAGAGCAGCUCAAAAACAUACAAAUGGGACGACGAAAGACGAACUAACGCAGACGCAUACGACUUCACGAAUUGAACAGCGGCAGAAGCAGAAGCAGCAGCAGCAAGAACAACAAAGAAAACGAGAACAGCAACAACAAAAAGAACGACCUCCAACUGCACUUAUUAGUCGGCCGAGGACGGCGCCGCAAGCGGCUGUUCAGACUGAGUACCAGAGGGCCUACAGUCCCCCUCCAAACUACUUGUAUGCUCGACCAGCUCAUCCUUGUCGCUCACAUGCUGACGAAUCGGUCCAACACAACGAAAUCACAAAACAAGCUCCCUCAAAAGAACACAGCGCUCAACCACAGAAACCAGUGCGUGCGCCAUCCCGGUCACGUCGACCACAUUCAGCAGGUUUGGCUUAUAAGCAAAAACCGCACCGCACCGAAGAGACCGAACGAAAGUCUCCCGAACGCAGCUACUCAACCAACUACAUCGAACCCUAUCAGGCUAAGCGUUACCUCUCCGAGUACCGGGCAAGCUUCCGAAACUUUUCUGAUAUACCUCUGUCGGAUGAGCGCACGGUGAAUGCCUACUCCUUGGUGCUGGGAGAAAGAAGCUCAGCUGCUAAACGACGAGAAGUCACCGAAGAUUCACACUUUUCUCGCGAACAUCUUGCUCAGCUGAAGUCAAACGCCCUGUGGUUAUGGGACUCGCAAGCUUCCGCUCGCAAUGAAACUGCUAACAAGAGGGAGGCAGACCGGGCGCUGCAAAGCUAUCAACUUCCACGAGCGGGGAUGCCCAGUUCACCGAAGGAGAGCUCGACUGCCAGGACGACAAUACCUACACGAGUCCCUUCAGCCAUGCGUGAGGCCUGCCCAUCGCGUCCUCGCACUCAGCAAACUGCCAGUCAAGUCGUAGCAGACGUCGUUGAAAGACGUGGGAGGCUUGAGGCCUGGAAGGCUAGCGAUUCACCUCUCAGGAAUAUCACAAUCUCCAGCGCACAUGUUUCGCCAACCUGCUGUCAACGCCAAAGACACCGAGUUCUUAGAUCCCGGCCAAGGCCCUGGAAACCGACGCAGAUGAGUACCUUUGAGAGCAGCGAGCAGAAGACGAAAAGCUUCAGUGGGCUAUACGACAUAGAUCCGCCGAGUUGUUACAGCCCCACCUCCGAAUUUGUCACUGUCACUCCCCUUGAUCCGAAGGUGUACGAUGCCACCAAGUACUCCGACUGGGACGUCUCAUCGCUGAACUCUUGGACGAGCUUAUCUGGUCAGAGGGCGAGCAUUGGAAUGGCAGCGAGAACCCUGGAGAGGGCAUGCCAACGUCGCAAUCAAGUUCUCCUUUCUUCUUGCCGUUAUCCGCAGUGCGAAAAAUAUUGGCCAAGCUACCGGACGGAGACUGAACCCCAGCGUCUCUGUUUCACUUAA